UGGUUGUCGACUAAAAAGCCGCCGUUACGUUGCCGUGACUUGUCACAUAACGAGAGUCGGUGCGCCGAUAUAUGUUAAUUAAAAUGACGCGCAUUAGUAUCUAUCAAAUUGUGUUAUUCUUUUUAUUGUGCAUCCUUCAAUGCUGCCGAUGUCUCCCCGUUGAUUUUCAAAACACCACGGAUUCGUCGAUGGUUGGGAAUCAGGAAUGGCAGGCACGUCUUCAUGCGGAACUGCUUCGAUUUCCGGAAGACAUUUCCCAUUCGUACCUUCGCUACAAACGGCUUGUCGAUCAAAAACUUACGAUUUUAUCCCCGAAGAAAGCAUAUCAAUCUUGCAUCGCGCCGGGAAAUCGAAGCGGCCACUGCAAGUUUUUCACUGGAUGCCCUUUGGCGGUUUUUGAUCAAUCCCGCUCGUACUUUCCGCAAUUUAUGGGUUAUAUAUGCAUAAUUGAGGAGAAGUACGUCGGUGUGUGCUGUCCGGAUAGCAUGACAGCUCGAUCGAAAAGGACAUUCCACGAUGAUUUAGCCAGCAAGUUACCGGCGAUAGCGAGUCUCGACAACGACGAGGAAGAAUGGGACGAAACCCGCGGGAACGAGGACGAGAACAAACCAUCUGCCAACGAGACAGUGCACGGCGAUACGAAUUUGGGGAAGGAUGCGAUGUCGGCCAAGCAAGAGACGAGGGAAUCACGAAGACCCAGAGGGUGCGGUACAACCGGGAGAACGAAGACCAGAGUCGCGGGUGGCCAACCGGCUGACCCUAAAGAAUGGCCGUGGAUGGCGGCUCUUCUCAGACAAGGCGCGAUUCAGUAUUGCGGGGGUGUAUUGAUCACUGAUAGACACGUGCUCACCGCCGCACACUGCGUUUACAGGUACAAACCACGUGACAUUACGGUGAGACUCGGCGAGUACGAUUUUACCACGUCCGAGGAGACGCGGGCGUUGGAUUUCAUGGUGUCGGAGAUACGGAUACACAGGGAUUUUAAAUUGAACACCUACGAGCACGACAUCGCUAUUAUUAAAAUUCAUCGGCCUACCGUGUUUAACACCUACAUCUGGCCCAUUUGCCUUCCACCCGUUCAACAAACGUUCGAAAAUAAAAUCGCCAUCGUUACCGGUUGGGGCACGCAAUACUAUGGAGGACCUACUAGUACAGUGCUGUUGGAAGCCACGGUGCCGGUGUGGCCUCAAGAAAGAUGCGUUCGCAGCUUCACGCAACUGAUCCCGAAUACUACUCUGUGCGCCGGCGCUUAUCAAGGGGGCCGCGACGCCUGUCAGGGUGACUCGGGCGGUCCGUUGCUGCAUCAACUCGCCAACGGCAGGUGGGUCAACAUCGGGAUAGUAUCUUGGGGGAUUCGCUGCGGUGACCCUGGAUAUCCGGGGAUAUAUACUCGUGUGAACUCUUACCUCGAUUGGAUAUUCGCGAAUGCCGUGUUUUGAGAGUCACGUAGCAUCAGCCGCUCUCACGUGCCAAAGAUUUUUUUCUACUUUUAUACAUUUGCAAUUUUUUUCACUUACGUAAGGCGUGCAUCCGGCUGAUAAGGCGAUCCUUCCGGCUCUGAUUAGCGAGGCGACACACGUACGAAAACGAAUUUAUUAAAUGGCCGCUCGACGCCGGGGCUAACUUAGACGAUCUUGAAAACGAUUAAACUUUAUUUUCGGAAUAUUCAUUGGUACAUCGUUGAAAGAGAGAUUGACACAGAUAGAAUUUCGCUCUUUACGAUGCGUCACACCCCUCGUACCACCAUACCACGCUUACAACAGGGCGACCGCAGAGUAUCAUCAGCUACCUGUACCGUUCGCCCAUACAUUAAACACGGGUAUGCAAUCGCGACCGCAUAUGCACAUACCUGUCUUGUGUACAUGUGUAUGUGUGUAUGAAUACGCGCAUGUGUGUGUGUUUUCGUGUGUGCAUUCGCAGAUAUAUGCACUUGCAAUCGUUAUUAUUUCUCAGACACGUCACAGACUCGUUUUGCGAGAGGCCCAGCCCCCGUUUGCCACGAGUGACCCUAAACAUCGACGUUACUACGGUAACUUUUGCUUUUGCAGCCAUACAUAUAUAUAUAUAAUCUAAUCUCAUAAACAUAUACAUGUACUUGCGUAUACAUAUAUAUAUAUAUAUAUAUAUCUUUUUCUCUUUUGUAUAUUUAUAUAUAUAUAACAUCCUUACACGUGUACGAAAUUUUGUGUUGCAUGGGUCUCGCGACGCGUUGCGAACGGUCAUAUUUGUCAUAUCGAGCAUGUAACGAUAAACACUGUAGCCGAGCUAUGUUUUCCAUGAUGCUUUCUCGUGAUCCGUGAUUCCGUAGUCGGAAGGGUACGAAAAAUAUUUUGCAAUAAAUAAGAAUGUUAUAUUGGAAGAAGCUUACGCAAAUAUUUCUACAGAAUAUGUAACACGUUUUGGUCGGAGAAAAUUUACCGUUCUAUCUGUUACGAUGAAUCUCACGUCAACCUGUCAAUCUCGAUAAACUAUUUCUCUCUUCCAUUCUCAAUAAUCGCGAUAAUAAAGUAGACAUGAGAAAAAGACGAUUCAGUCAAUCGCGAUUCUUUUUUUGGUAAAAUGGACCCUACGAUCCUCACAAAGAGAGAGAGAGAGAGAGAAUUUAAAUUCGCUUGCGUUCGCGAUUGGAUUUUAAUUAAUUCGGCGUGUAAGGCUCGGCGGGAGUCAGGUAUCGGCUGCGGCCAAUUUCGAAAAACUUGCCGCUAAUGGUAAGCUAAUUGUAAGCCCGUUGCAUUUUUAUCUGCCUUUGCAAAUGAAUCGCAUGGGGACGUACGCGCGUAAACGGGAAAUGCGAGUGUUCUCGCUUUGGUACGAAUAAAUAAAAUGCACACACACACACGACCGGUAUAAUACUGCAGUGUCCAUAUACGGAAGGCUGUAAGUACCUUCGGCAAA